AUGGGAUACAACCAGGGUAUGGCCGUGGGCUUGGCUAUCGGCAUCCCAUGCCUCAUAGUUUUCGUUGGAGCUUACUUACUAUGGAAUCGAAACAGAAGACGCAACAAAAAGGAGGAUAUGCAGCAUAAUGACAUCGACGUCGAGUUGCGAGAUAACAAUCUGUUCACCGAGUUUGGAGAGGCACUCCACAAGCCCUACGACAACGGGAAAAACUCCUCGAAUCUCUAUAUGGAAGAGGCCCAUCUUGCUAGUGAGAAGCAUCCGUCUUCCGCGGAGGUAGCCUCGCUGUCAAGGGGCCUGGGCCUGCUGCCCUCAGUUCUGGAUCGCCGCAAGACACAGUUGGUCACGCCGGCUCCAUCGGUGUUGAACCAGCAUCGUAAAACCCCGCUGUCGUAUGAUUUCUACGAUAAAUUCAUCCCCAUCAUGCCCGAGAGCGUGGCCAAUGGCAGAAGCAGAACACCCGACCACACAGGCAAUGGCGACCACAGUCCGUUUGCCCAUAACUUGGCACAGCCACCGGCCAUCAAUGGCGACAAGCUGAGCGUUCAUAGUUCCAGCAACACCAGUCUUAUCGGCAGCAACAACGACUCGCUGAGCCGAUCGCUAGACAAUUUAGCUAAGCAGCUCAAUAGUCCUCAGUUUUUCGAGAAACUUCCACUGCGUGCUGCCACAAUGCACAUGAAACAGAGAUUAGGAACAAAUCUCAAUAAUCUGAGCUCUGACAUCAUACACAACACAUUAUUCGAUCGCCAGGGCAUCAAUGACGACUAUGUGUAUGAAACCGGAUCUCCUCGCCAGAAACAUCCUUAUCAUGAGCGCAUUUUAGCUAAAGAGAGUCUGGAGUUUGGAGCAGCAGACCGGACUGUAGAUCUGACGAUUGAGACCACCAACAUCGAGAAUAAUUUCGACAAUAACAUCACGGCUGACGCUGCAUUUGAUAAGGAGACACCUGACGUUGUGUUUAAGUGA